AUGGCCACAAAACGAAAUGUGAUUGUCUUCGGCGCAACAGGCGAUGUGGGCUCUGCGGCAGCGCUACAAGCCCACCAAGAAGGUGCCAAAGUCUCUCUCGCCGUCCGAGACACGGCAAAGCCGAUCCCCAAAUUAGAUGGCAUCCAGUUCAACAAGAUCUCAGCGGAUCUCACUGAGCCAGAGAGUGUCCAAGCUGCUGCCCGUCAAUCCGGUGCCACUGUGGCUUUCAUCUAUGUUGUCGGAGACGGUCAAAUGCAGGACAGUCUUCGAGCUCUGAAAGAAGGCGGUGUUCAAUCCGUGGUUUUCCUGAGUAGCUUUACUGUCUCAGGUGACAUUCGCGCCACGAUCUCCUCAGAUUUUAUUGCUUAUCGCCACGCACAAGUGGAGGUUCAAUUGGAAGAGGUUUUCGGGAAUGAGAAUUUCGUUGCAAUUCGCCCAGCUUAUUUCUCAAGCAACUCGCUGAACUCUAAAAGGGGUAUUAUCGAGGGAGAUGUCAAACUACCGAACCCCAACGCGGAAUUUGAUUGGAUUUCACCAGAUGAUGUGGGACGAGUUUCCGGCAUAAUUCUCGCCCACGGCGCCACAGAGCAUGUUGUGGGGAUUGUCGGCCAAGAGAAGCUGGCCCUGAAAGACGCAAUGGGAGUGAUUGGCGGGGUAUUGGGCAAGUCCAUCAAAGUAACCAAGAUCGGGGAAGAAGAAGCGGUGAAGCAAUUGUGCGAGAUAGGAAUCCCUACGCCGGUUGCCGCUUGGAUGGUCCAUGAUGCGGUGUAUGAUGCAGGCAAGUCACUGCACGCAGACGAGUAUCAAGGUGCCUCUGAAAGUGUGCUGAAGUACACCGGAAAGGCUCCAGCCAGUCUCAAGCAAUGGGUCGAGAAGAAUCGGCAGAGAUUUGAGCUUUAG